AACUUCUUAAAAAAAAUCUCUAACAUUCGGUGGAAAAGGAAAAUCUCUAACAGCUUGCUCCGAGCCAUCAUCCCUCGCGCCACAACCCGGAAGCGUUGGAGACCGAGGAAGGCGCCCCUCUCCCCUCUGCGAGCCGCCGCCGAGGUCCAAUCAGAAAACCCAACACUGCCUCGCCCUCCUGGUGGCCGGCGAGAUGUCUUCGGCGGCGUACCUCGAUACGGACGAGAACCUGGAGGCCCUCAUCAGCCGCAUCGAGCAGAAGUCCCGCAAGAUCGAGACCCUCCUCAAGCAGUCGAAGCCGGUGGAGGCCCUGAAGACGGCGCUCGAGGGGUCGCCCCUCAAGACCCGUGACGAGCGAUGCAAGUCGGCAAACUGGAUCGUGGUGCACCGCGCAAUGAUGGCGAUCAGGGACAUCGAUGGCAUGUUCAACUCACUGGAUACUGAGUACUAUGACAUCCUCAUGAAGUACCUGUACAGAGGUCUGUCCACUGGUGACCGGCCGACGUGCGACCAGUGCCUCAAAAUCCAUGAGAAACUGACGGAGAGAGCAGGCUUAGGAUGCAUACUGCGGUCGCUCGCCGACACCGUAAACACCGUGUGAGCCUCCUUCGUCUUCAUCAAGGGUCUAUGCUGUGAAGAUCCUGCCAGGUCGAAUUAGUUGUAUGGACUUUAUAAAUAUGCAGAAGGUGAUUGCUGACCUCUUUUCUUUGCUGUUUGGCAGCUUCGUAGUAGAUAAGAGCAUUGUUGCUUAUUUGCAGCUCGUUUGGUUAGUUGCAUCUUGAUUACAAGAUUGGAAUUUUAGAUCCUUUUUUCUGGCAUGUAUGUAACUCGAUCAGCCCAACUCAAGGCUGAUUAGAUCAGUGGUCGCAGUGAGCCAAUGAGCGAGCGUGCAGAAGAAUCAUUCAGUA